UGAAGCCUUCAGUCGGUGUUUUGUCCGGCAAGAGUCUAGUGCGGCGAUCGGUGUGCCAUCAUCAAAGUGUGGACGACCAGUGCGCUCAUAACUAACCCCCCCGGUUCCAUGAUGGACUUGCAAGAGACACAUUUCGUGGUCGCUGCUCCUCCUACGUAACAUGGGCUAAACGUCCGCAAAGACUGUUUUUAUUUUUUUGUUCCGAAUUUAUUUUUGUUUGCCGAAAGUGAUGCAAACUGUAAACAAGCGCGGUUUAUUUUAUGUUUCAAAUGUGAUGCCUCCGGGAAUAAGAACUAUUGCGAUGUUAUGAUAUUAAAAGAGUGACAGUUGUAUUUUUUUAGUUGGAACUUUGUUUUGUUGUUUGAGAAACUUUAACGCGAGUGCAAUGGCAAGCAACAGUGGCGUGCAACACUACCAGCCGCAACUCAACACGAGCCCUCAUCAUUGCAAGGAAUGCGGCCUGUAUCUCAACUCGGCCGAGUCCCUUGAAGUCCAUCUCCAGUACCACAAAGAGAACCUCCUCAACAAAUGGGCGACACAAGCGGCUACUUCCCACUCGGAAGAGACCAACAAUAAUAAUCCCAAAGCUAUCAAACGUGAGUUUAUACCAAAUAAUACUAUUGCCGCGGCCGAUAGUUCAGAUUCCAUGAACAAGAAAAGUCCCGAGUACAGUCGAACAACCCCCGAGACGAUUUUCGGACAUCCACCGACGCCUCAAAGUUAUCAAAGCGCCUCCUCCCCGUACCAAAACCACGACAAUUCUGCUUUUUCGCCAAACUUUCAAAACUUCCAAAUAAAACAAGAACGUACUUCUUCGCCCAGCUACCCCAAUAAUUACCCCAAUUUUGCCGAGUCGCAAUUUUUUCCAAUGGACAACCAGAACCAACAAUACUCGCAAGAAUUUAUUCACAAAGCCCCUUCGUAUAGAUACCACCCCUAUCAACAAUACGACCGGUCACAAUCUAACGCACAGGUGUCUUCGUCGAGUCCGGCAUACCCGCCUCAACCGACACCCUCCCCUAGCCCAAAACAAUGCGACAAGUGCGGCUACGUCUGCGAUUCCGCGACCCAACUCAUAGAACACCAAAAUCUAGCCCAUCCACCGACCCCUGCCUAUCAUCCCAAUCAUUUCCUCUUUAAUAAUGACCCACAACCCCAAAUUAAAACUGAAGAAGAUGCCCAGAGCGAGAUUUUAGACCUGGACUCCCAUAAAGUCCACCAGGUAUAUCCCGAAGACGAGAAGCGACAAAAUGGUGAGAUGAAUGGACCAAACCCUCAUUCCGUCACGGCUCUUCUCAAUACCUGGUCGCCUCCUCAACAACAAAAAAUCUACCAGCAGCAACAAUACAUGAACGGUCCUCAAGUUAUGCAUAACCAGGAGUUCAUGGGAAAUAACGUGACGACGACGUCGCCGCAAGAAUCCGUGAUGCAGAAUCAGGGUUACCGGCCGUUCGAGCAUCUUCCGGCUCAACCGAGCGCUCCGGUGAUAACCAGCACGCAAGUUCCUACGAAUCCGCCCCAGACGGCGGUCUCGCCGGUCACCAAGAGCGCCAACUGGAAGUCGAACGAGGCCCGCCGCCCUAAAACAUACAAUUGCACUGCUUGCAACAAGUGGUUCACUAGUUCGGGCCACCUAAAACGUCACUAUAACACAACACUGCAUAAAAACGCGGUCAAGUCUAGCGGGCAGCCCGACCCGGCCUCCAUGCCCAUCAGUGCCCACCACCAUCCGGCGCGAGACUCCGCUUCGAACAAGGAAGAUGCGAACAAUAGCCCCGGAGAUGAAGACACGAACAGUAUGCCGAUGCCGGGGCCAUACGACCGGCCGCAACCCUUGCACCACGUUCCGAACGGGAGUCCCCCAAACGGGGAGGCAGGCCCCUCACCCACCAGCCUCGACUCGAGGGGCCUGCUGCAUGGUUUCAACAUGGGGCCGCCUCAUAUGAUGCCCCUCGACAACCCCCAGUUCCAGAUGUACCCAAACGGGUCGGCCCCCCACGUUACGCAACCUACGGUUACCAACAACAUCAGUAUUACUGGUGAAUUUGAAGACGCCGGCCUCCAGCAGGACUCGCAACCAUUGCCCAGUUUCGCGCAGUUCCACCGCUACGGCCUGCUGAUGAGUUACGGCAACGCGAACGUGGGGGGCGGGGGACCGGCAACGGCCCCUUAUUGCUACUACCCCGACCCUGUCGAGAGCUCCGAGGCGCGCACCCUCAUGUACAAGACCGACGAUGACGAGUAUCACCUCACUGUUCUCACGGUCGCCGAUCCGGCGCCUCCUGAAGACAUGGCCCCACAGGAUAAAGACACUUUGGCCUUUUCUCCGUCGCCCGAGAAGGCGCAUAUCAAGCGCGACUAUGAAGAGAGCACCGGCAGCCCCCAGAUAACCUCGACUGUUCAAGUAGCCAAGUUGGGCUUGUACAAGUGUAUUGACUGCGAUAAGACCUUCAACAAGGCGUGCUACUUGACGCAGCACAAUAAGACAUUCCACUGCGGAGACAAGCCGUUCAAAUGCAGUCGCUGCGGUAAACGCUUCUCCAACGAGGAGACCCAUGAAGAGCACGCCUCCAAGCAUGCCGGGGACAAACCCCACAAGUGUGACCGAUGCCCCAAGCAGUUCAAUCACAAGACGGACCUGCGACGGCACAUGUGCCUGCACACGGGCCAGAAACCCUUCGUCUGCGACACCUGUGGUAAGGGGUUUAUCCGGAAAGACCACAUGUUGAAGCAUUGCGAGACGCACUUCAGGAAAACGCAACAGAACAAGAGCCGAGGGUGAGCGUUUCGACACUCCAAAGACCGACUGCACUAGAUGUGUAGGUAGUUUUUAUUUUUGUCACUUGGCACAUUCCUACUUAAAUGUUGUAACUAUUUGAAUGAAUAUUUUAUUAUCUUGUACAUAUUAAUUUUAAUGUUUAAGUUUCGAAAGAUAUUUUUUAAACUAUUUGAAGACGAUCAAAUGAUUCAAAUGGACAACAGAGUAAUAAACAAGAAAACAGAGUAAUUGCUCAAGUAUCUUUUCCGCAAUGUCCGAUAAUAAACAAUAUUCAAAACAGCAAUACCUCAGAAUCUCAGUUAAAAUAGAUAUAAAUAUUUAUAUCAGAUUAUAUUGAUAUCUCGUGGAUGUACAAACUUUAGGAUCAAGUUUAUUAAAGAUGUAUAAAAUAAAAAGUACAGAUCAUUAUAGCGCCGGCUGUCGGCGGUUCGUUCCCCGGAGUCCCGGACGCGUGAUCCGGGCACCGAUCCGCGCCACCGGUUCAUAGUAAAUUCGAAGUAAUAAUAUGCAAUAAUGUUACAACGCAAGUUUUGAUAUUUGUUUUUUAAGAUGUAAUAAGAGUUGUGAGUCGUUGUGUACAUACAUAUUUACGUUGUUAGGUAAUAUAUUUUUUCCAUGACGAAUCUACCUCAGUUAAAGCUGAUGAAUUUGUGUGCCAAUUAUUGUUUAGUUUUCCAGCCCUCCAGAGGGUCAUGUGUUAAUAAACGAUUUUAUCUCGUGCCAAAUUUUAUAAAGCAAAAUCUUGCUAUAUUUUUAAUAUGACAACAUUUUGCUGCCGGUGGCAUGUUUGUGUUACUAUUAUUAGUGCAAUUUGUUUUUUUAAAUAAUUUUUUGACAUGAAGCGCCACUUUCAGUUAAGGACAGUUACCAAAUAAUGUUCGUAGGUCGAUUGAUUGUUUCUGUUACGAGGAGUUAUGUGGAUGUGAUUUGCUGUUAUGUUUACGACUACUGGCGAUGCUGGCGCAAUUUUACGCAUAUAGUCGGGUAUGCAGUUAUUGUGUAUUAUUUGUUAAGACUGAUUGUAUGUAGUAAUUAUGUUCCAUAGGUUGCUCUUGUAUAUUUUUCCUGAUAUGUUACAGCUGUUAGUUUUAAGUUUUUAAAUAAAUGUUAUUAUGUUACUUUACCAAUGACACAAAUAAAUAUAA